UUUUAAUUCAAAUAAUCAGUUAGAUAUGUCAAACAAUAGAAGUAAUGUAUAAUAAAAUAGAUUAGAUUAUUCACCAUCAAGAGAGAGAGUAGCAAAAAUAAGUUCUUAAUUAAGUUAAAUGGAUUUAACAAUAGAAGGAGAGAGAGUAAUAAAAUAAUUAUAUAUAUAGACAAAAAGAAUAGAAGAAUCAGAGACAAGAUUAGAUUAAUUGGAAUCAGGAUUGAAUGAAUUAAAUGAAUAAUUAAGUUAAAGAGUGGCCUUGAUUAAAGAUAGUGUAUUGAAAUUAUAGAAAGUUUUGGAUUAAACAAAAUUAUAAAGAGAAUAACAUUUUGAAUAAAAAUAAAAGGAAUAUAUAGAUUUAGAGAAUUCAUUCAAUUAAGCAGUUGAAGGAUUGACAUCAUCAAGAAAAGAUGGAGAAUAAAAAAUUAUAAGAUUUAUUGAAGAAAAAACAGGAUUAAUAAGAAGUGAAUUAAGUACAGAAAGUAGAACAAGAAAUGAAAAUAUUGAGAGAUUGAAUUAAUGUUUAGAAACUGAUUUACCAAGAUUACAUGAAGCUAUUAAAACAGAAGUAGCUGAAAGAGAAGAAAUGGAUUCUAAUAUAUCUAGAAAAAUGAAUGAAGAAUUAAGCAAAUUAAACUAAUUGUUAGUUUAAGAGAAAGUUAAUAGAUAAGAAUCAGAAUAAGCAAUCUUUGAUAUGUUAAAAGAUGUUGUUAACAGAAUUAAAACUGAAGUAGAUAAUGAAAAAAAAUAAAGGUUUCUAUUAUUAUUUAUUAUCUUUCUAGAGAAUCAACUGAAGAAACACUUUUAGCUUUAUUAGAAGAUACUUGCAAUAAAGUUAAUGCAGCUUAACUAGCAUGAGUUAAUAAUCAUUAU